AUGCAGCAGAGGCACACUCAGUCCUGCUCUGGUGGCCCUCCCCCGGGCGGCGGUGCCCCCUGGCACCUUCAAAAUGUCCUCAGCGACUCAGUGGAGAGCUCGGACGAUGAAUUCUUUGAUGCUAGAGAGGAGAUGGCUGAAGGGAAGAAUGCCAUCCUUAUCGGGAUGAGCCAGUGGAAUUCAAAUGACCUGGUGGAACAGAUCGAGACCAUGGGGAAACUAGAUGAGCAUCAAGUGGAAGGGACCACGCCAUGCACGUCCAGCAUCCUCCAGGAGAAGCAGCGAGAAUUAUACCGGGUUUCCUUGAGAAGACAGAAGUUCCCAGCCCAGGGAAGCAUUGAGAUUCAUGAAGACAGUGAGGAAGGCUGCCCACAGCGCUCCUGCAAGACGCAUGUCCUCCUGCUGGUGCUGCACGGGGGGAACAUCCUGGACACGGGUGCAGGGGACCCAUCCUGCAAGGCAGCCGACAUCCACACCUUCAGCUCUGUGCUGGAGAAGGUCAUGCGAGCCCACUUCCCAGCCGCCUUGGGCCACAUCCUCAUCAAGUUCGUCCCCUGUCCUGCCAUCUGCUCUGAGGCUUUCUCGCUUGUCUCUCACCUGAAUCCCUACAGCCACGAUGAGGGCUGCCUCAGCAACAGCCAGGACCACGUCCCUCUGGCCGCCUUGCCCCUGUUGGCCAUCUCCUCCCCGCAGUACCAGGAUGCUGUCGCCGCUGUCAUCGAGCGAGCCAACCAGGUCUACGGAGAGUUCCUCAAGUCCUCUGAUGGGAUUGGUUUCAGUGGGCAGGUGUGUCUCAUCGGGGACUGCGUGGGCGGCCUCCUGGCCUUCGAUGCCAUCUGCUACAGUGCGGGGCCCUCGGGAGACAGCCCUGGCAGCAGCAGCCGGAAGGGGAGUAUCAGCAGCACCCAGGACACCCCAAUUGUGGAGGAAGAUUGCAGCCUGGCCAGCAGCAAGCGUCUCAGCAAGAGCAACAUUGACAUCUCCAGCGGGCUGGAGGAUGAGGAGCCCAAGCGGCCGUUGCCACGGAAACAGAGCGACUCCUCCACCUAUGACUGCGAGGCCAUCACCCAGCAUCAUGCUUUCCUCUCAAGCAUUCACUCCAACGUGCUGAAGGACGAGGCUGAGCUUUCUGCGACUGGGGGGCCCCAGCUCCCCGAGGUCAGCCUGGGCCGCUUUGACUUCGAUGUGUCCGACUUCUUCCUCUUCGGUUCGCCCCUGGGCCUGGUCCUGGCCAUGCGGAGGACGGUGCUGCCCGGGCUGGACGGCUUCCAGGUGCGUCCUGCCUGCAGCCAGGUCUACAGCCUCUUCCACUGCGCAGACCCCUCUGCCUCACGGCUGGAGCCACUGCUGGAGCCCAAGUUCCACCUGGUGCCACCUGUCAGUGUGCCCCGCUACCAGAGGUUCCCACUGGGCAAUGGACAGUCCCUUCUCCUCGCUGAUGCCCUGCACACCCACAGCCCCCUCUUUCUGGAGGGCAGCUCCCGGGACAGCCCACCGCUGCUGGACGCCCCCACCUCGCCCCCUCAGGCCACGAAGUUCCAGCGCCGUGGACGGAGGUUGAGCGAGGGCAGCUCCCACAGUGAGAGCUCGGCGUCCUCAGACAGCCUGGCACCCGCAGGUGCCUCCCACAUCACGGCCAAGUGGUGGGGUGCCAAGCGGAUUGACUACGCCCUGUACUGCCCUGAUGUCCUCACAGCCUUCCCUACUGUGGCCCUGCCCCACCUCUUCCACGCCAGCUACUGGGAGUCCACCGACGUGGUUGCCUUCAUCCUGAGACAGGUGAUGCGCUACGAGAGUGUGAACAUCAAGGAAAGCGCCGGCGUGGACCCUGCGGCACUGAGCCCUGCUAACCCCCGCGAGAAGUGGCUUCGUAAGCGGACCCAAGUCAAGCUGCGGAAUGUCACUGCUAACCACCGGGCCAAUGAUGUGAUUGCUGCUGAAGAUGGGCCCCAGGUCCUGGUGGGGCGGUUCAUGUAUGGACCUCUCGACAUGGUGGCUCUGACUGGAGAGAAGGUGGACAUCCUGGUGAUGGCAGAGCCGUCCUCAGGCCGCUGGGUCUACCUGGACACAGAGAUCACCAACAGCAGUGGUCGAAUCACAUACAAUGUGCCGCGGCCCCGGCGCCUGGGGGUUGGCGUCUACCCUGUGAAGAUGGUCGUCAGGGGUGACCAGACCUAUGCCAUGAGCUACCUCACGGUGCUGCCCCGGGGAAUGGAGUGUGUUGUGUUCAGCAUUGAUGGGUCCUUCGCAGCCAGCGUGUCUAUCAUGGGAAGCGACCCCAAGGUCCGGCCGGGCGCAGUGGACGUUGUCCGGCACUGGCAGGACCUGGGCUACAUGAUCCUUUACAUCACGGGGCGGCCGGACAUGCAGAAGCAGCGGGUGGUGUCGUGGCUGUCCCAGCACAACUUCCCACAGGGCAUGAUCUUCUUCUCCGAUGGGCUGGUGCACGACCCGCUGCGGCAGAAGGCCAUCUUCCUCCGCAGCCUCAUGCAGGAGUGCUUCAUCAAAAUCAGUGCUGCGUAUGGCUCCACCAAGGACAUCUCUGUCUACAGUGUGCUGGGACUCCCAGCCUCCCAGAUCUUCAUUGUGGGCCGGCCCACCAAGAAGUACCAAACCCAAUGCCAGUUCCUGAGCGAGGGCUAUGCCGCACACCUGGCGGCGCUGGAGGCCGGCCACCGCUCGCGCCCCAAGAAGAACAACUCGCGCAUGAUCCUGCGCAAGGGCAGCUUCGGGCUGCACGCGCAGCCGGAGUUCCUGAGGAAGCGCAACCACCUGCGCAGGACCAUGUCGGUGCAGCAGCCCGACCCGCCCGCCGCCAACCCCAAGCCCGAGCGGGCCCAGAGCCAGCCCGAGUCCGACAAGGACCACGAGCGGCCGCUGCCCGCGCUCAGCUGGGCGCGCGGGCCCCCCAAGUUCGAGUCAGUGCCCUGAGGGCUGGGCUGUGCUCAGAGCAGAGGGGCUCACCUGGGCGGCCUGCGGGGAUGGGAGGGACGGCCCUCUCCCCGACACAGGCGUUUUCCUGCUAUUUCCCUCCCGUGUCUGUCCAGCAGUGUCCGACCAGAGCGGGGAGGGGCCCUGCCUGGCCUUGGGGGGUUCCCUGAGCUGCGACGGGGUGAGAGCCGGGGGGUCUCGGUGCAGCUGCUGCCGCCUCCCCGUGCCUGUGACGGUGAACCCAAGUCAGGGUUAAAUGUUUGUGUCAUCCUGCCCGGAGCCGGAGUGUUUGGGCAAAGGAGGCCACCCUCUGAGUCCCCAGGCUGCACAGCAAUGCCAGGAAGGCCCGGGGACCACCCACCGCUGGCAGGUGCAGCUGCUUGGCUGUCUUGUGGAGGCGCGAGUGGCAUUUGUGCCUGCCCUCUCUGAGGCGUUCUGGGUCACCAUUUUGGGGUUGGCUCUCUUAUGGCAAACUGGCCACUUUCUGGGAGUGAGAGGACGUCCCCUGGGCCCAUCCUCACGUAUGCGGUCUCUCUCCACAGCCCUCGGGUCGGGGUCUGGUGCUGACGGUCUGUCCUGCAGCUGUCCAUUUCCCCCCCCCUUCUUGUCUUCAGUAUCCUCACCAUUCUCCUGUGGCCCUUGAGCCAGGCGUUCCUCUUCCUGGAGCCCUGCCUUGUGCCCUCCCUGUGAGGCUGCAGCCCAGGUUCUGGCCAGCUGGGCUGGCUGGGAGCCCUUGAGCCCUUGCGCAUCCUCUCUGGGCCCUGCUUUCCUUCUGUCAUUGGAGGGCUCCCCCAGCUGAGACUGGCGCGAGUUUCUGACUCCCAGGCUGUGGGGCACUUCUGCCCCCUGAGCCUUUUCAGGCCUAAGUUUCCCUCAGAAUGUCCGGUGACUCACACCUUCCAUACAGCCUGGGAUAGGAGUUCUGGGUGGGCUGGGAGGGAGCAGUUGUCCCACUGCCUCAAAGGAAGUCCCUCUGAGGGGCUGGAAAGGGAUCCUACUCCCUGGGGAGUUGCGGCAGGUUUGUCUCGCACUGAUGCCCAAAUGGGGUGUCCCAGGGACAGGACUCCCCCACCCUCUCAAAGAGUAGGGAUCUGGCGCUUCCCUCCUCCAGUUCUGUUCAGACUGGUUUCUCCAUUGUGGCUCCUGGAAGGCAUAGAGCUGAGAUUCCAGGCUCUGGGGGUUCAUGGAAUUUUGGCUCCAACUGUUGUUUCUUUUCCCUUCCCCCGGCCACUUGGUGUGUGCCCGUAACCUCCUGGGCAGUCCCCUGAGGUUGGCAGGGCUUGGCUCUCCUGGGCCCCUCAAAGCCUGCCCAGGCCCUCCUGCUGCUGAGCCCUGACCUGGGCAUUGGUCUCCUGUACCUUCCCCCUGCUCCCAGCCCAGGCCCACACUGUUGUGUGGGGUUGCCCAGGUUGCCUCUGAGCCCCUGUGGACUGUCGCUGAGGCAGGGCCCAGCUCUUUCAGCCAGGCUGCCCCAGGGCCCAGACAGCUGUAUACACAGCAGGCACCUGUGUCAGCUCAGUGUCGCUUCUGCUCAAUGUCUACCUCUUGCAGCUCCCAUGCAGCUGAUGGCGCUGCUGGUGGGGGCGGCUGGCACCACCGUUGUGAAUCACCUGGCAAACUGGGUGCCCUCCAGGGGCUGGAGAGGUCUGGGCUUCCAGCCCCCAUCCCUGCUCUCUCCACUAGAAAUGUCUUUUCUGCAGUAUGCCAGCUCCUCUGAUCCACUUUCAGCACUGCAUCCUCAUCUCCGGCACUGCUGGUGAGUCUGCUGGGGAGGGGUGCAGAUCAGCCUCAGCUCCCUCUCUGGUCCUGCCUCCUGGAGAUUCACACAAGCCCAUCCCCCUUUAAAAUGUCACUGUUCUUGGCUCUGCAUAGGCACCAGCUGAUGUGGCAUAGCCACCUCAACCCCAAUCCUUCCCCAAAAUACCCUGAAUUAAACUUGGGCAGACUUUAUCUGACUCUCAGAAACUCCACCGACUCCUUUUGUGCAGAAGUCACUGAUGUAUUACUCUCAAAUGAGAAAGUAAUUAGUGUGAGAUACUUUGCCCCAGUUAGAGUCCUUCCUCCCUUUCUGAGAACUCCAGGCUAGGAGCAAGAGAGAGAAAGAGAGACAGAAACAGAGACAGAAAGAAAAGGAAGAGAGUGCGAGCCAGGAUUCCCAGGAAAUCUGGAAUCAAAGUGACCAAGGGUUCUGUGGCUCUGGGGCUCAGAGCCGGGACACAGGACCCAGCAGGAGGGCCACCACCCCUUCCUUUCUGGAGCCCCAGAUUGAGGCUUUGAUGGCGCACAUGUGAGACGCUGAUGGUGUACAGUGAGAUCUUGUGAACACAAUGCCCCUGGAGCUGUAGUCGGUGUGUGUGAGAAUGUGUGUACGUGUAGUUCGUUUAGUGGUGAGACAACUUACGUUUCAAUACUGCUUUCAUGGCAACUGUGUAGCCCAUAUGCACUUUCUAUACUAGUGGUUUGUUCAGUUGUGUCUGUCCAGUUAAGUUGGAGAAAACAAAAAGCGCCAAGUCGUGUUGUUCUCUGGAGGGGAUGCCGCUGCCUCUCCUGGAGUAGUUCUGUGACCCCCAAUCCAGCUGUUUCUAGAGACUCCCUCUAGCUCCUGGUAUGCCUGCUCUCCAGCAGCUGGAACACAGAUCUUCCCGCCUGACCAAAGCUCCUUGUUUCUUGCGUGGCAUGUUUGUUCUUCCCAAUCUGGCGGCUGUCUGGCCGAGGGCUUGCCUACCACCUUCUUCCACCGCUUGCCCUACUGGGGGUUCAGGGUGUGUUCUUAGCCUGGGCCUGCUCUUCCAGAAACAUGGGUUUUUCCUAAAUAUCUCAACUCUUCCCUUAGGCCCUACAAAAUAUUUUUUAAACAGUAGGCUCCUUUCAUGCACUGGGGUGAAGGGCCCUCCUGCCUGGUGCUGGGCUACAGCAAACAAACGUGUUUGAACCCCAGGAUUCCAGAGAUGAUCAGUGGGCUCUCCAAAAGAGGGGGAGCUGGAUCUCAUGAUUUUUCACUCUAUUUUUACUAUGUUGGAGCCCAUACCUGUCCUGCAGAUAGAACACGGCACCAACCUUUAAUGAAAGCUGGGCCUGGGGGCAGGUCUGAAGGUGGUGCCCAUCUCCAAUGGACACUCUCCCAACCAGCCCAGCCCAGGUGCAGCCCUGCCUGGGAGGGGUGCCCUGCCCAGGGAGGAGCCUCACAGCUGACCCCGCCUUAAACAACCAACUUUCCCACUGAGCCCUGGGGGUUUGUGUGCCAAGUGCCCUGGAAACAAACCUAUUCUCUUUGGCUAAGCCAAAAGAAACAUUCCCUCUUUCCUUUCCUUUAGGCUUGGGGGAACUUUCUUGAAAAUCAUUUAGGGUUAAGCCCAAGCACUGAGGCCUGGCCUGGGUUCUGCUCUUCUCACUGAGAAAACAACAGGGCAGUUGGGAGGAAAAUCAGUUUGAUUCCACCUUCUCGGGACCACAGGAGCGGCAGGCCAGAGGAGGGCAGCUCUUGCACAGGGACCUCCACCCUUGGACCCCACUGUCCUUUUCUAUUUGUUUACUUGGUGGUGGCAGCCAGUCUGACCUUGUCCACGGUCUGACUGUCCCUAAGUGUGUAACUUUCAGUAUUAUCUGUGAUGGAUGGUUCUGUGGUGAAAAAAAGUUUAUUAUAUUCCUUAUGGCUGCCUUGUACAAAAUCCGUUAGAAAAGAAAAUGUAAGAUAUCAGAUUUCUAACAAGACAAAAACAGCACUAUGGAGUUAAAAGAUUUUUACAACUGGUUUUGAUUUUGAUGUGAGCUGGUUUUUAACUCUCAAAUGUUGUCACUUAAAUAAAAACCUUAUUUGCCUUUAAAA